AUGCAGGGCGAUUUGCAUGCCCAGAUUGAGGCUUCAGUCGCUGUAGUGAACAGCAACCCCAUGAGGCGCUCGAGCGCGCAGAAAGACCGUUUGCUGGCACUCUUCAGGCAGAACCCGACUUCCGUGAGCAGCGCCGUGCCUGCGAUCAUGCAAGAGCGAGCCUUAGGCAAGUGGGCCGAGGCCGACCACGACGCCCUGGUGGACGCAGUGAGCGGCAUGAUGUCGGCGGGUUCCUCGACAGAUCGUGGCGGUGAGAAUGGCUCGUCCCAGCAAGAUUUCCAGAGUUUCGUUCACUUUCUUACGGCCUCUCAAUGGAAGAAGCUGUGUGAUGGGGGCGAAGACAUCCUGGUGUUGUUGCGCCGCUUCCUGCAGUCCCUGGGCUGCCGCAACCCUUGCGAGAAGACGUCCAGAAUUGCGACUGUAGCGUUGGCCCUGGAGAAGCACCCGCACUUCUACAGCGAGUUGUACAGGGAUGAAGGUCCGACCGCGCGCCCCUUCACUGCCGUCCAGAUCGGCUUCAUUAAAAGCGGGAUUCGCUGCAGGGGUGCGAAGCAGAGGGGCGCAGGGCCCAGCGGUGCUGGCGCUGGCCCAAUGGUCGCCGUUGCAGGUGGCACUGGGUUCGAUCAGUUCGCGAAUGUUUUGGGCUGCGCGGUGAAGCAGGUCAUUGACGGCCAGUCCAAAAUCCUCGAGAUGCUCGCUGGCAUCAAGAGCGGCCCGUCGGCCCCCAACCUGUGCAACUUGAAGAUCUUCGGCCGGGAUCGUGGUCAGCAUGGCCAGCCGCGCGGCAGACUCGGAUUGCCCGAACUCGGCGCAGGCGAUCUCGGGAACGCGAUGUCGGCCGCGCCCCCCUCGGCAAGAGCCGCCGCCGAGGCGCCGAAGGUCAGCGGCAAGGAGGCGAUGGAGAUUGUCCAGAAGGCCAUGGGCUCCCGCAAGAAAUCCGACGAGGCCCCCCGCGCGAAGUCCGACGAGGCCCCUGGCGUGACCAUGAAGCGCCCCGCGGCAUGCAACAAGAGGCCUGCAGCGCACGACGACGGCAGUAGAAAGAAGGCUUCGUGGAGCGUCGAGCGGCCCCGCGGCAGGGCCAUGGCUCGCGCGGGCCCCAAGGGUGCCUCCGAGAACGUCGG